AAAAGGCCACAAAAACUAGAAACGAUCAAUUUCUAUGCAAAAUCUCUUACCCUUUUUAAGCUUUGAUUCUUUUUCUUUUUCUUCUUCAUCAUCAGUCGUAAAUCCUCCACCGAUUCGUCUUCCUUUCCUUCAAUUUUUUUUUUUUUCUUAAUCCAAGAACGAAAGAGAAUAAACAGAUGUCAACCCCUCCAUCAUCUUCCUCUUCUUCAUCUGCUUCGGUUCUGAUCCUUGACUAUACCCUAACCCUAAUCCCUGGCCUUCCCAACGACGUCGCCGCUCUCAUCCUCUCCUUCAUCCCCUACUCCCACCACUCUCGCCUCAAGCUUACCUGCAAGUCCUGGCGCCUCUUCCUCACCCCCUCCCUCAACUCUCUCUUACUCUCCCUCCGCCGUCUUAACCGUCUCUCCCAUCUUCUCUGCAUCUUCCCUCAGGACCCUUCUAUCUCCCCCCCUUUCCUCUUCGACCCUCACAACCUCGCCUGGUCCCAACUUCCCACCGCUCCCCCCGACCCCCACUCCUAUGGCCUCUGCAACUUCUCCGCCCUCUCCAUCGGCCCCCACCUCUACGUCCUCGGCGGGUCCCUCUUCGAUACCCGCUCUUUCCCCAUCGAUCGUCCUUCUCCUUCCUCAUCCGUCUCCCGCUUCGAUUUCACCACCGGCUCCUGGGAGCCCCUGGCGCCGAUGCUCCACCCGCGGGGGAGCUUCGGCUGCGCGGCGGUACCCGAUUGCGACGCGAUUCUUGUGGCGGGAGGUGGGUCCCGGCACUGUGUAUUCGGUGCGGCUGGGAGUAGGAUGACGUCGGUGGAGCGCUACGAUAUCCGCAGGAAUAAGUGGGUCGAGUUGGACCGGCUGCCAGGCUUGCGAGCCGGGUGCGUGGGGUUCUUUGUGGAAGAGAGAAUGGAGUUUUGGGUGAUGGGAGGCUAUGGGGAGGAAAGGACGAUUGGUGGGGUGUUGCCGGUGGAUGAGCAUUGUAGGGACGCAGCGGUGAUGGAUUUGAAGAGUGGUGGUGAUGGUGGUGUUGCCGGAAAGUGGAUGGAGGUUGGGGAUAUGUGGGAGGAAGGGGAGAGGGUUAGGGUAGGGAAGAUUGUGGUGGUGGAGGAUGGGGAGAGGCCAGGUCGACCCGCAGUGUUUAUGCUCGAAGGGAACGACAUUUUCAGGUAUGACAUGGCUUCAAACCAGUGGCGUGGGGAGACGCAUGUACCAAAUACAGCACCUCAUAACUCAGCAUUUGGUUUUGUUGUUUUGGACGGGGAGUUGCAUGUAAUGAAGCUUUUGAAUGCAGUCAAUUCUACAGAAACCCGAAGGAAGCGACACCAUAAGAGGGCUAGAAAUCUGUACAUCCAAAUUUAUCAUCCCAAGAAGAAGACGUGGAGAUUUCUAACUACAAAAUCGCCUUUCCCAUACCCUUUAGAUUUUAAUACAGCAGUUAUGUGCAGCGUUCAUUUGUGAACUCUAUUUUCUCAUGUGUGGGGGCAAUUAUGCAUAUACCAAACCAUGGAUUUAUUUAUACCCCAGCCAACAUUGAAGGGCAAAAAGAAAAGAGAAAGAGAUGGAAGAAAGAUAUAUGUAGAGUCUUUGAUGGUUACUGAUUGGGUCCCAUGUCGAUGGCAUAUUUGUAUAUCUUUAUUGUGUGUAGCAUGACAUGGACAUAGGUGAGUACUUGUUAGUUUGAAAUCUUGUAUGGUCAGAUGUUGUCCCAGUUGUACAUAAGGAAUACUAAAUAUGGGUAAAUGUUCUUGUAA